AUGGCGUCACGGCCCCCCACCCUGGGCCGAGGGGGCCCUGGCUUGUGGAGCGCCCCGGGGGGUGGUGCGGGCCCUCCUGUGUUUCAAGCUCCCCAGCCCUUCGCCUCAGCUCCCAGGGGCCUCCGUGGCCAGCGCCCCCAGACCUUUCGCAGCUCCCCGAGGCCUGGCCUCCCUCUGUACAGCGAAGCCACUGGCUUCCACCGCUCCGAGGGGAGGCGAGAGCAGGCGCCCCCAGCCCCAGACCCCGGCCGCGGGGCUCCGGCUGGGCCCUGCCCUGGACUCCUCCCGCCUCCCCAGCUGCCCCUGCACCUGGGCGCGGAGAGGGCCGUCCAGGCUCCAGCAGCGGCCACGGGCGGACGGCCCCAGGGCCGCAGGGUCGUUCUUUCCUUGGCGCCCAGGGACGGGACCCGGCCCCGCGAGCGGCUCCCGGGCCCCUGUGGGCGGCUCACGGUCGCGCCCAGGGACCCUGAGCAGAGGGACACCGCCCAGGCCGCCCAGCCCGGGAACCCGAGCGUCACGCGCACCCGCGCGCCACCCGCCCCUGGCCUGGACGCUUAUACAUCCGGAGGGUGGGCAGUGCCCGCUCCUCCGACCUCCCCGAGCACCGGCCGGGUGCAGGGAGGGCCGGGGGCGGGGCCUGGACUGGCCAAGGGAGCCGAGGACACGUCGGAGGAAUUCAGGCCGUGGCCGGUCCGGUUGCUCGCUGCCCCUCGCCCGCCCCACAGCUGGCCUGCCCUCCUGGAAGGCCCGGCUGCCCACUUGGGCCUGCUGACCGAGGCUUCCCGGAUGCUAAGCCUGAAGCGGCCGGCGCUUCCCCGCACCUCCUGCCUCUGGGGCCACCUCCGCCCAGUUGGGGGCAUCCAUGGCCGCCCAGCCCAGACGCCCCCCUUGCAGGGCGCCAGGCCUCCGUGA